GAGUUGCUCAUGGACUUAAAGUUCAAAAAGAAGAAAACAAGUCUUGGUCAUAUAAUGGCUGAUGCUUUGUGAAGAAGCAUGUACUCCCUUUGGUCAGUCCUCAUGACUUGUCAGUCAAACAUCAAUUUCUGAAAGAAACACCACUUGCCAAUGCUGCAUUUUGGGCUGCGAGAAAAGGAAACCUGGCUCUCCUCCAGCUGCUGAUGAACAGUGGGCGAGUAGAUGUGGACUGCAAAGACAGUCUUGGCACAACAGCUCUGAUGGUAGCAUCUUACUAUGGCCACAAAGACUGUGUACGGGAAUUGGUGUUGCAAGGAGCAGAUAUCAAUCUGCAGAGAGAGUCCGGUGCAACUCCUCUGUUCUUUGCUGCACAGCAAGGCCACAACGAUGUAGUGAAGUUUCUCUUUGAAUUUGGAGCCUCUACUGAAUUUAGGAAUAAAGAUGGAGGUACUGCACUUCUAGCUGCUUGUCAGUACGGGCAUGCAAAAGUAGUGGAAACGCUGUUGAAGCAUGGUGCCAACAUUCAUGAUCAACUUUAUGAUGGAGCUUCUGCAAUUUUCCUGGCAGCACAAGGAGGCUAUCUGGAUGUCAUCCGGUUGCUACUCUCUUCAGGAGCAAAGGUUAACCAGCCACGGCAGGAUGGGACAGCUCCCUUGUGGAUUGCAUCGCAGAUGGGUCACAGUGAAGUAGUACGAGUAAUGCUGCUUCGUGGAGCUGAUCGAGAUGCCGCCCGGGAUGAUGGUACGACUGCUUUACUGAAGGCUGCCAUUAAGGGGUACAAUAAUGUGAUAGAAGAGUUGCUGAAAUUCUCUCCCACUCUUGGCCUGCUGAAGAACGGGACCUCUGCUCUCCAUGCAGCCGUCCUGAGUGGCAACGUGAGGACAGUGGCACUGCUCCUUGAAGCAGGAGCAGACCCGUGCCUGAGGAACAAGGCAAAUGAACUUCCAGAAGAACUAACGAAAAAUGAACGAAUCCUUCGACUCCUCCGCAUGAAAGAAAAGCAAGGGAAAAGCUAAUGCAGCCCUGUAGCAAAUAUGGUUUGACAGAGAUGCCCCCUGACCACAGCAGCAUGACUGUAAACCUAGGUUGCCCCAGAAGGGCUUGUUGGAACAGUUUGCAGAACUGAUUAGCCUCUCCAGUACACUCUCCCUGAAUGCAUGAGGCCCUUGCCAUGGGGUCACCAUGGGCUAGGACCUCUUCCUGGCAUUACUGAACACAGGACUGCAAUGAGAGGAGGGGUUGGCCUGGGAGCUGCCUUUGCACUGCAGCCCCAUGGUGCUGCUGCCCUCCCUUUGCUGACAGUGCUAGCUCAGACCAUUCCUCUCUACUUCCAAGUGCCACAUGGGGCUAGAGGUGAGAUCCCACCUGUGACAUCCCAACAGAAAAAGUCCUCCUGCCAGCCCAGUUCUUUGAUAACAUUUUGGCUACUACAUGAAGCUCCA